AUGCAAAAAAGGAAAACUAUAACGGCCGUACCUCAUCCACCAUUUCUAUUUGCAACAAAAAAAUUUGCGACUAUAGGACUCCAUCCGUCUUUGGACAAAUCUGGGAGUCAAAGGAAACCAAUUUCUCACGCUGGACCAGGUACUUACGAUCCUAAAUUUCCAACAUGCUCUUUUAAAAACGGAUAUCUUUGGAAAUUGAAGGUAGAAAGCGAACAUUUUUCAGAGUAUCGCGGCGAUAGAAAUCCAAAAUUGCUAGAAGAAGCAGCGUUUCAGAAAACUUUAGGAGGUCCCGGUACAAAUGAUGUUAAUGAAUCUAUUUAUCAGAGACAACGUGAUUCUGUAUUCGAUAAUGUUGGUAUGGGAAUCGGUAAAAGGUUUGUCCAUAUAACUCCCGAUAGUCCUCCGAUGAAUACGUAUUUUCGGAAACUUAGUGAUUUUUCAACUUUUAAGAAGAAACAGAUGUCUGACACAGCUACUUUCGAAUUUGACGGAUUUAUAGAUCGCUUUAAGUCUAAUGUUCCAUCAUAUUUAUUACCUUCUAAUAUCUAUAACAUCACGAAAUACGAUGGUAAAAACACAGCAGAUAUAACCAAAAGAGUAGUAUCCUCAAGAGGUCCUUACGAAUUAUUCACUGGCCCAAGAGAUCUAACUACUAUAAAAAACUACUUCGCACCACCUAGUUUUCAUCCUCCCGAAUAUUUUUACGUGAAACCAAGUGAUUUGGACUUUCUGCUUCGCCAUUCCUCCAAAUCAAAAACCGGAAAGUUUCUAAAGGGAAACAGAUUCACGAAGAAACCCUAUGUUAGACAUAUGCUGAACGAUCUAAGUUUAUGCUAUAGAAAUCCGAAGGAUCCAGGUCCGGCAUAUUAUAAUGUGGAAAGUUAUGGGAGCAUAACAAAAAAACCACCAAAUUUACAUGCUUUUAAUACAUCAAAACCGGUUGCAAGACCCCCACCGGCAAACUGGACUAUAUUUCCUGGACCUGGUAGAUAUACACCGAAGUCUCCUAAAUGUAUGAAACAGAAGAGACCAUCGUGGGUAUUUCUAUCAAAGGCGGAGAGGAAGAUUGUCCAAGAAAUUGAUUAUGCUGCUUUUUGA